AUGAAGAAUUUUAUUAUUAUUCUUCUAUUUAUCUCUUCAUUUCAAUUCUCAAUAUCAAAUCGAAGACAAAAUCAUUAUAAUCAAAGAGAGUUCAAAGAAAUUCUUGAUAUUUUAAACAGACAAUUUACCAAUGAACUAGAAGAACAAACGUCAAUUAAUCAUAAUAGAGAAAAUAACAAUAAUAAUUUUAAAGAAUCAGAAAAUUAUGAAACUGAAGUUGAUCCAAAUGAUCAUGUUGAUAUUGAAUUAUGGAAUAAAUUAAAUGAACAAGAUAUGAAAAAUAUGCCAGAAAUUAAUGAUUAUUCAGAUGAAAUUAUGGCUAUAAAAUGGUUAAAAUGGUAUGUUCGAAUAGCACAACGAUAUAGUCAAGUAAGUGCUCUUCUCUCAUGGAAUUAUCAAACAAAUAUAACUGAAGAAAAUCAAAAAGCAAUAACAAAUGAAAAUCUUAUUCGAUCACCAUUUAGUCGUUUAACAUUACCAAUAGCUAAAAAAUUUAAUGAAUAUAUGAAAUAUUCAAAAAAUGAUGAUUUAAAACGUAUAUUUGGUCGUUUAGCAACAGGAACAGUUAGUAAUAAUAAUGAUGAUGUAAAGAAAAGUUCAAAAUUACAUGGUCAAUUAGAAGAUAUUUAUGCUACAACAAAAGUUUGUGAAUUAAAUGAUGAUAAAAAAUGUUAUACACUCUCACCGUAUCUUGAACGAGUAAUGCAAAUUGAAAAAGAUUAUGAUCGUUUAUUAUGGGCAUGGAAAGGUUGGCAUGAUGGAUGUGGAAAUAAAGUUCGUUCAGUUUAUUUACCAUAUAUUGAUUUAUUGAAUAAAAAUGUUAAAGAAAAUGGUUAUCAUGAUCUAGCUGAACAUUGGAUAGAAGAUUAUGAAAUGGGUAAUGUUACCGAAUUUGAAGGUGUUAUUGAUGAAAUAUUAAAAGAUAUCAUGCCAUUAUAUGAACAAUUACAUGCAUAUGUUCGAGGUCGUUUAUGUUCAAAGUAUCAAAAUCGCUUUGAUUGUAAUGGACCAAUUCCAGCUCAUAUUCUUGGAAAUAUGUGGGCUCAAACAUGGCAUGAUCGUUUAGAUGAAGUUAUUCCUUAUCCUGAUGCUCCACUUAUUAAUAUAACAAAAGUAUUAAUUGAAAAACGAUUUUCUAUUCAUCAAUUAUAUACAACAGCUGAAUCAUUUUUUACAUCAAUUGGUCUUUAUCCAAUGACACCAAAAUUUUGGGCUCGUAGUAUGUUUG